UAUAUUUAAUUUAAGAUACAGAGUUUACCAAAUCUGAAAUGGGUUUAAAAUUUACAGUUAUUAUCUUAAUCUUUCUUGGUUUGAGUGAUUUUUUAGCGGACUGACAUUUCUUUUUUGAAAUAUGGAAAGAGAUAUAUUAUUUAUUUCUUUGUAUUCAGAAACUAACUAAUAGUGUUUGGUGAAAUAAGUAAAUUGUAAGCACAAACCAAGAUGCUCCUAAAAAAGUGUAGGUGGUGUUUGAAAGUAUAAAGACAAGGUGGAUGAGAAGAAUUGAGGGUAUGAUGGUCUUUAAGCCCCAGGAAUCAUAAUAACAUCUUAUAACACAAAUACUUUUCUAAUCAUGGGUCAGAAACACGUUGAUUAAUUAUACUUUUAUACAAGAGAGUGUCAUGAUUCCUGCUAGCGGUAAAGGAGGUCACUGAAAUCAAUGCUUUACUUGGAAAAGAAUUUAUUAAUUAUUUUGGACUAUGCUUUUCAGUUUUUUAGUUUACAUGUACUGUAGCAGCACUGUAGCAGGAAGUUAGAGGAUGUGAACUUAUCAAGCUGCUCUUAUUGUACUCCAGUUUCAUUGCUUUAUGUUUUGCUGAGCGUGGUUGCAGAUCAGAUUCCAAAUAUUAUCAAUUGGCGAUUCUCAUGAUAAUUAUUAGUGGUUGGAGCUGAAGACACAGAGAUGAAGAAGCUCUUUUCGUUUAGGUCAAAUGCGUUUAACAGCAGAAAUAGUAAUCAAGUCUCACCACCAUCAACAGAUAAGCAAGUCUACUGGGAGAGACCAACAGAAAGUAUUGACAAACCCAGAAAAGAAAAAUAUGGCUCGGAAAAUCAGGUUACUGCUCCUGGUCUUAGAAGAAGCCUUUCAUGUUCAUCUGGAUCCCUACAAUAUGAGAAUUUUGGUGAUCAUCGUUGCUCUCCUUGCGGUAUCAGUAAUUCACACAAGCAAUCUGGUCAACAUUCCACUCGUUGCCAAACUCCUGAGAGACGGUCAAAUUUCUCAGAAAUGGGUAUGAUUCGAAAUGGAAAGAGAAUGGGGAAAUCUGAUAGUUUUGCUUCAAGAGCACAUUCUGAAAUAUCUGAGGCAACCAGUAAUGUAUCAAAUAAAGUUCUGGAUCGUUACGUAGAUGGAGAACAACAGAUGGAUACGAGUGCUUCAAAGAGCCAUUUUUCCACGAGAAAUCACAUUGACAAUGGGAACUCUGGGAGAAUGCGGCCACCAAGAGUUCAGUGUGCUGCACCUAUUUCACCAAAUGAUGGCAGAAAACAGAAACCAAAGUCUCAAUCCAUCGGAGAAGAAGCAAAAGUAUUUCAGCUUCAGUUAUCAUCUGGAGAUUGGGAGGAGAAUGGCUUUUGUCGUGAAUCCCCUAGAAAACUUGCAAAGGAUGUGGUUGAGAGACUUACCCAAUCUCGAUUUUUGUCUAAGAUUAGGUCAAAAGAAUAUGACUCCCCGAUUACUAUGGAAGAUAUCUAUAGCAGAACAAUCAAUGAAAGUUCCAGUGCGAAUUCUGAUGAAGUUUCUUCAAAUAACUGCACACUAGACAGGCAUCCUGAGACUACCGAUGGAUAUCAUCAUGAAGAAACUUUAGGGUUCUCCAAGAAAGAGACUUCUUUCGGUGGUAAAGAUGGGUUUGCACUAAAUGUCGAGGCUGUAGAUGACACAGAUAUAGAACUUUUUAGAAAAUGCAAGGAAGCUGAGGACCAUGCUGCAUACGUCUCAGAAGAACUUGAACAGGAAUACUUUCUUCAGGUCAGAGGGUGUAAUACGCCAGUGUUGAUUCAGAUAAUCAGAAGCCUAACAGAAGAAAAGGUAAAAAUGGCAGUAGAGAUUUUAGCUGUCUUACAGGAUCGGAUUGCUGAAAAGGCCUUAUCUAGGGAAGAGUUCAAACUAGCAAGGGCAGAGUUAAGCACACAGACCCGGAGAUUGGAGAAGGAAAAGCAUGAGUUGCAGUUGGCACUUGAAAAGGAAUUGGACAGGAGAUCAAUUGAGUGGUCUUACAAACUUGAAAAAUACCAUUCUGAAGAACAUAGGCUACGAGAGAGGGUUAGGGAGCUUGCAGAGCAAAAUGUUUCCCUUCAAAGGGAAGUAACUUCCUUCAGUGAAAGGGAAAUGGAUACUAGAACCAGAAUUACAAAUUCAGAGAAACAGCUUGAGAACAUAACAACUCAAGUCAAUGAAGCUAGAGAAGAGAAACAAUACUUAGAGCAAAAUCUUAUUGAACUGCAAGACAAAUUUAGAGCAGCAGAAGAAGAUCGAGAUUGCUUCCGAAGAAACUAUGAGGCAAAAGCUGUUGAGUGCAAGGAUAUGCACAGAUCCAUCAGUAGACUGCAAAGGACUUGUAGAGAACAAGAGAAAACAAUCGAUGGAUUGCGGGGGCUUUGUGAAGAUCUUCAAAAGAAAGUUUCUUUAGAAAACUAUGAUUUUGAGUUGGCAAAGUUGCAAGGGGAACAUAUGAGGCUGACUGGAGUAGAGCAUGCCCUGAGAAAGGAGGUGGAAUCUUAUGGGCUUGAAGUUGAUUCACUUAGGCAUGAAAACAUAGAUCUCCUAAAUCGUCUGAAAAAUGGGGGGAAAGAUGGUGCAAUGUCUAGUUUUAAGUUAGAUCGAGAAAUGCAGAAUCGUAUUAGCUGCUUGCUAAAUCAAGUUCUUCCAUCUCUUAUGGAAAGCAGCCAACUUUCUAGGAAAUUACUUGAAUUUAUUAAAGCGAAUGAAAGGCACAUACUGAAAAAUGGACGAGGUUCUGAGACAGGUUCGGAUUGCCAAUUUAUUCUUGAAUGUGAAGUGAAGCUGCAAGGUUUUGAGCGGGCCAAUGAAAACUUGACAAGGAGUUUGCUGAAUGUCUCUGGUGUGCUGCAUGCAAGAUCUAAAAAGUUACAUGAGACACUUGGCUCAAUUACCCUGGAAUCUCGUUCACCCAGUGUAGAUGAUGAAUCAUAUCAGCUAGAUGAUCGGAGAUCAGAGGAGAUAGUCCGAUCUGAGUUGAAAGCCGAGACCUUAUUGACAAGUUUGUUACGUGAGAAGCUUUAUUCCAAAGAGCUCGAUGUGGAACAACUUCAAGCUGAGCUGGCUGCAGCAGUCAGAGGUAAUGACAUUCUCAAAUGCGAAGUGCAAAAUGCGUUGGAUAAUUUUUCUUGUGUAAACCACAAGAUGAAAGAUCUUGAACUUCAGGCGAUGAAGAAAGAUGACAUUAUUAAUCAGCUUCAGACUGAUUUACAAGAAUGUAAGAAAGAACUAAAAAUUGCAGGGGGGGUACUACCAAAAGUAUCUGAAGAGAGGGAUUUAAUGUGGCAGCAGAUUAAGCAAUAUAGCGAGAAGAACAUGCUACUGAUUUCUGAGAUCAAUAUGUUGAAAAAGAAGAUAGAGACCCUCGAUGAAGAUAUACUCUUGAAAGAAGGCCAAAUCACUAUUUUGAAAGAUUCCAUAGGCAAACCUUUUGAUCUUCUUGCUAGUCCAGAUUCUACUCGAGACUUUCUACUGGCCUGAUUAAUGUUUCGUGUCGAAUUGGAUGAAUUCAAGUUGAAUUGACAAUGUACGUAAUUUAGAGUACAUUUGGUAUGCAAUAUUGGACAAUAUAGAGAUAUAAUUUUAGCUUCUUUUACAGAACAAGCCAUAGCAAUUAUAUAUAGGUUUUUUCUUUGGGUUGGUUU